UCUUCAACUUCCUCUCUCUCUCUCUUCUCGAUUCUACCUCACUUCGCUAUCAUGAAGCUACACACAGUCCAUGAAGGCGGUGGCUUGUGCAGAACCAUCGAAGUAACCGUCGUCCAGCGCCAGGCACCACAACUUCCACCGGUAACAAAGUUCUCUCCGGUGGCCGACGAAUCGGAGACCACCGGCGAAGAGCUUUAUAUUCCGCCUCUCAACUUCGCAAUGGUCGAUAAUGGCAUUUUCAGGUCUGGUUUCCCUGACUACCCCAACUUCGCCUUUUUACAAACCCUCGGCCUCCGUUCCAUCAUAUAUCUGUGUCCAGAACCGUAUCCGGAGGCGAACAUAGAGUUUUUGAAGUCGAAUGGGAUUGAAUUGUUUCAGUUCGGGAUCGAAGGGUGUAAGGAACCUUUUGUGAAUAUUCCAGAGGAUACAAUUCGUGAAGCACUAAAAGCAGUCCUUGAUGUGAGGAAUCAGCCGCUGUUGAUCCAUUGCAAACGGGGAAAGCAUCGAACUGGUUGUUUGGUGGGAUGCUUGAGAAAACUGCAGAGAUGGUGCCUAACUUCAGUUUUUGACGAGUACCAGCGCUUUGCAGCUGCCAAAGCUAGAGUUUCCGAUCAGAGGUUUAUGGAGUUAUUCGACGUGUCUAGCUUCAGGCAUCUGCCAAUCUCAUUCUCAUGUUUAAAAAGGUAAACUACCUAUAACGUUGAAAAGCUUUUGCUUCCUUCGAUUAUUCUGAAGAAAAAGUAUCUUAGUUCCUGCUUUGGAUUGGAAUAAACUGGAAAACGGCGAUGAUUUCCUGGAAUGCAUUUCACCCGUGAAGCGCUAAUAAAAGUAUUUAUCAGCAUCUCUUUGCUUUGAGGUCCCGCCCCCCAAAUUUUUCUUGUCCUCCUUUAUUCUCUAUAUUCAUAUCCUAAGCGGCUUUUUACCUACCUAUGUUUUGCUAAAUAAAACUGAUUGAUGUCUGUGUGGUUGUAUCCCCUUUUAAGUGCCACAGCAUGGUCAAGAG